UUUGCUGGUUCUCACGAUAACCGUGUGGUCGGCCACAAUUAACACUUUCAUGCCUUCCUGGCCCCAAAUAAUAUUGCCAAAGAACUUUGCAGGUCGCAGGACUGGAAAGAACAUUAGGUCCUGCAGGGAUACAGACGACUUGGGCAAAGUCGAAACUCAAGUAUCUGUAAAGCGAAUAUGAACAGCGAGGAUGUUAAUGGAUCAACGUACCAGAUUGAAGACCACCCUACAACGGUAUCUACCCAUAUCGUUGACCUCGUUCCCCGCGUACAACGCCCUCGAGUUCCCCCAGAAACGAUAGACCUGGUUCACAUUGGUGAACUGUCUGCAACUCUUGCGCGUCUCCGCCGUCGCCAGCCUUGGGACCCUGCGCAGGAGCACAGCACAAAGUUUUCAGAGUACGGUCAAGUGUCGCGCACACCUAGGUUUGGGAAUUCCUGGGAGUUUGCUGGAUGGGGCAGAACGGUCCGGGUUCGUCUCGAAGCGGAGAAUUCGUCGACGGUUGAAGCAAUUGGUAGUUUACAUAACAAGGCCACCUUGGGGGAAUGGAGUUCGACUGCUAUUGCCGCGAACGAUCUCAUUGGUAGCGUAUUGUAUACAAUUGGGUUGGCAAUCAUUGCCGCCGGGCAGUACGCACCAAUUUCGCUUUUCUUGGCCUGCUUGGUAAUUUACAUGUACCGUUUCAUAUUUGCUGAAGUUGGUUCUUGUGUCCCCGUGAACGGCGGAUGCUACAGUACCAUGCUCGCAGCGUCCUCAAAGGUGGUCGCAGCCAUCGCUGCCUGCUGCUCGAUAUUGGAUUACCUUGCGACCGCAGUGGUCAGUGCCGCGUCUGCCAGUACCUACUUUUGGAACGAAUUUGGAAUCAUCAACGUGAUUGGGGCAACGGUGGGAAUCCUGCUGUUCUUUGCCGCUUUGAAUCUGCUGGGAAUAAAGGAGUCGUCCUAUGUGUCUUUUGCAAUAUGUGCAAUACAUGCGACGACCUUGGUUUGCCUAACUGGCGCGGGUGUGGUGCAGUGGAUAAAGAAUGGCGGAGACAUUCUGCGUGCUAAUUGGAAGGAUCCCUCGCCUAACGAAAAUGCGCCACUGGACAUUUUCUUUGGCUUUUGCGUCGGAAUGCUUGGAUUCACUGGAUUCGAGGACUCGGUCAACUAUAUUGAAGAGCAAAAGCCAGGAGUGUUUCCGAAAACCAUGAGAAACUUGUCAAUCAUGGCUACCAUCAACCCAAUUCUGACCUUGGUCUGCUUGGCAAUCGUUCCUCGUAACCUCGUGGCCUUAUAUCCCAACAGCGCCGUAACCCUUAUUGCUGAUGCAGCCGGUGGCAGACCUUUGAGGAUCAUUGUAUCCGUGGAUGCGGUUAUGGUGUUGUGCGGCGGAGUGUUAACCGCCUUCGUCGGUGUCGGCGGUCUGCUGGAACACAUGUCGGCCGACCGUCUUCUACCCCGCUUCCUUCUUAUUCGUAAUCAGCUCAGGGGAUCUCAUCAUUGGAUAACAUUAUCAUUCCUUUCCCUCUGCCUUGUGCUCGUCGGUGUUACUCGUGGAGACACCACUCUCGCUUCCCUUUUAAUGGCUACUUCAUUCAUAGCGGUCCUUCUGGCUAUAGCCGUGGCGAACCUCCUCUUGAAAUACAAACGUGGGAGGCUGAAACGCGAAGUGAGGGCGUCUUCUGGAACUGUGGUAGCAGGAAUCUUGGCCGUCCUGGUAGCCAUUGUCGGAAAUGCAAUUUACGAUCCGCCGAUGAUUGGAACUUUUGCCACGUUUUUCGCCGUUCUGUUUUUGGCCAUGUGGGGGGUUCUCAAUCAAGUGCGCGUACUGAAAGUUCUGAUUUUCGUGGCUGAUGCAUAUCCAAAAUUGAGGAAACUGGUCAACUCCUUAAUCUCUGCAGUUAUUACGAUCCGUUCACAUCCUGUCGCUUUCUUCACAAAUCACGACGAGAUUCACGUCUUGAACAAAGCCGUCCUAUAUGUCCAAGAAAACGAAAUGACCAUGUACAUCUACAUGGUCCACUUUUACGAGCAAGAAUCUGAGAUUCCACCUAACCUUGAAGCCAACUGUCGUGCGCUGGACAGGCUGUAUCCAAAGAUUCAAAUUGAUCUGAUCCUUGUGAAUGGGAAAUUUGGACCGAGAUCCGUCGCUGUGUUAGCAAAACAAAUGGGAAUUCCGCGAAAUCAGUGUUACAUUACGUGUCCUGGGGAAAAGAUGAGUGGAAUUGGACGUUUUGGGGGCGUCAGGGUUAUUAUGUUGUAAUUCAAAAAUGAUGAUGAUGCGUAUGUAGCGAAAGCGAUAUUGCCUCAAUUUGCUAGAUAGGCACUGGACCGCCGACUAAACUGCAGAGCAGUACAAGGUAUACAAUUGGAAAUUUUAAAAAGCA